CAAGCUAAAUAUUGGGAAAAACACACAAUCUAAAUAAAAAAAUAAAAAAAAAGAAGAAAAACUACUUGAUUUAUCAAAUCCGGGAAAAUCAAACCCCAAAUCUGAAUCAGCGAAGAUGAGAGAUUAUAACAGAAAAAAUAAUGAACGCUAUAGAAAAUAUAAACACAUAGCCCCAAAACAAAACCUAACGGUCCUAGCGUUGAAAUUUCCCCCUUCUUUUUAUCUCCAAAAUUCCUUUUUUUUUUCUUUCCCUUUCUCACUCAUUUUUCUUUCUUGCCAAACACCACCUUUCCUUUUGGUUCCUUAUAUUCUUUUAACUUUUCAGUUCACAUUCUUUGAUUCUUUCUUCCCCUAUUUGCUUUCCCACUAACUGAUAUAUGAUUUUUGUUAUGGUGUUGAUUUACAGUUGCCAUGAGAAAGAGAGAUUAAAAACACAAUGAGUCUUCGAUUGAGAGAUUUAUUUUUUAUUUGAUUUGUUAUUUUGAUUUGGCCGGAAAAAAAAUGAACAGGCCAAAGCAGGUGACGGUUCGUGACUUGGUGGAGGAAGCCAAGAAGCGAAUUGUAAUUUUAGCUAUAUGCGUCGUCGGAUUGUCCUAUCUCAUGUCACUGACAAGCUCCUCGGUUUUGGUUAAUUUGCCUGCUGCUGCCUCCUUAAUCAUUCUACUUCGGUAUUUUUCACUAGAUUAUGAAAUGCGGAGGAAAGCUGCUGUACACAACAGCAAACGUGCAUCUACAAAUGCAUUGACUCUAAAGCAACCACUAGAAUGUCCUAAAGUUGUUGAAUCUGAUUGGAGAAGGAAAGUAAAUUCUCCUGUCAUCGAGGAUGCAAUAGAUCACUUCACUAGACAUCUUAUUUCUGAGUGGGUGACAGAUCUAUGGUAUUCUCGUUUAACACCUGAUAGGGAAGGCCCAGAAGAACUGGUGCAGAUCAUAAAUGGUGUUCUUGGGGAGUUUUCAGAUCGCAUGAGAAAUAUAAAUCUCAUCAAUUUACUCACAAGGGACCUUAUUAAUCUCAUUUGUUCACCCUUGGAGCUUUUUCGUAUCAAUAAAGCAAAAAUUGAAAAGCAGCAAUCUGAACCACUUACUAUUGAACAUCGUGAUACUGAAAUAAGACGUGUCCUGGUUGCGGAGAACAAACUGCACCCAGCUUUAUUCUCUGCUGAAGCUGAGCACAAGGCGUUGCAACAUUUGAUGGAUGGUCUCAUUUCUUUCACAUUCAGGCCUGAAGAUUUGCAGUUCUCUCUCUUUCAUUAUAUUGUCAGGGAGCUUCAGACUUGUGCAGUAAUGCGACGAGUCUUAAACUUAGUGAGUCCAAGGUUUAUAAAUGAGAGGAUCGAAUCUGCUGUUAUAUCUAUGACAAAGGCUAAAGGAGGAUUUAAUGCUGCACAGGAUGCAUCUCAAUACAAACCAAAUGGCUCUUCAAGGAUCUCAUCUGAUCACUUUUCUAAGUUUCUAGAUCCUUCUGUUACUGGUGUUGAACUUGUACAAUUAAAAACUGAUCAACAUGGAGCUGCUGGAGGCACCACUGCAACUGACAACCUAAAUGGAACACAUCUUUCGAAGGAUCCAUUGCUUUCCAUGGAUACUCGAUCUUCCUAUUCAUGGAGUUCUGUGCCCUUGAACUCUCAAACCGGUGUUGGAAAAGGUAUUGAACAACAUCCUUCAAGAGGAGAAUGGGUUGAUAUGUUAGAUCUCAUUUCACAUAGAAAGAAUGAGGCCCUUGCUCCAGAAAAUUUUGAGAACAUGUGGACAAAAGGGAGAAACUACAAAAAGAAGGAAGGUGAAAAACGAUUAAUUGAGUAAGUUCCACAAUGUUCCUCUGUUGGGAUCCAUUCUACAGUGAAUCAUUCAAAAGCAAUUUCUAAUACCAGAGAGAAGUAUCCAACCAAGCUUAACUCUUCUGAGAGUCAUGCUGGUCAAUCUGCAUUAACUGAUCAGUGCAAAAUAGAAAAAUCAUUCCCACAUGAAGCUAGGAAUGUAUCAUACAGCUCUUCAGUUGUAUCUUAUCAGGUAGAUGAUGAACGUGACCUUGUUGAUUUGGAGGAGGUUGAAUCAGAAAGCAGUGAUUCUUUUACUUCCGAAAAAAAAGAAGAAACAGGAAAUGUAACAGGUCUUGGUUCUCCUGGAACUAAAGUUUGGGAUGGUAAGAGUAACAGAAAUUUGACUGUUUGUUACAUUCAUCAUCCACUUGAAAAUCUUGAGGGUCGUAUGGUGAAGAGGGCUGGUGGAAGGCAUGUUCAUUAUGGAAGAUUAACCAGAAUCCCUUCCACCAGGAAAAGAUCUAGAUUGACCAGCCAGAAGCUGCCUAUCUGGCAAGAGGUUGAGAGGACAAGCUUCUUAUCAGGGGAUGGACAGGACAUACUUAAUUCACCAAAUGGACAUGGAAAAGCUGAUGAUUCCAGUGAUGAUUCUGAGACUGAAUUCUUUCAUAGACUUCACAGUGGAGCAACUGCUACUUCAUCUGCUGCUUCUAUCUCUAUUUCCGAAAGUCGUAAUUUGACUACUAAUUCCUUGCAAAAUUCAUUGGUGGUGGAUUCUUUCUUUAAAUUGAGAUGUGAGGUUUUGGGUGCAAAUAUUGUGAAGAGUAGCUCUAGAACAUUUGCUGUUUAUUCCAUAUCUGUUGCAGAUGUAAAUAACAAUAAUAGUUGGUCAAUCAAGAGAAGGUUCCGACAUUUUGAGGAGCUGCAUCAGCGCCUUAAACAAUUUCCAGUGUAUAAACUUCACUUGCCACCAAAGCAAUUUCUCUCGACAGGUUUAGAUGUUCCUAUAAUACAAGAACGUUGUAAAUUGCUUGACGGAUAUUUAAAGAAGCUCCUGCAGCUUCCUACCAUUUCAGGAUCAAUUGAAGUCUGGGACUUCCUAAGUGUUGAUUCCCAGACAUAUGUAUUCUCAAAUCCUUUUUCUAUUGUCGAAACAUUGUCAGUUGACCUUCAUAAUAAUCCAUCUGACAAGAGCAAAAAGGCCUCAAAUGUUCUGGGUCCUCUGAUGGGUUCCUUGUCUACCAGGAGGGAACAGUUAGACACUAAAAGCAAGGAAUCUGCAUUGCAAAUGAAGCCUAAUCUUGCAACAGAUGGAUCAAGAAAUGCAAAAGAUGUGUCUUAUUCUCCAUCAAAAAGUCCCACUAAAGAACAGGGCAAGUCCUUUGAAGAUUCAGGCAAUGAUUCUGAUACUAGAAUGCAAAAUAAUUCGUUUGUAAGAAACACGGGGAAGAAUGUUAAAGGAAGAGAGAAUGACAGAAUGGAAGAUGCUUCUGAGUUGCUUUUUGAUACUGCUAUGCAGUCAACCCUUCCUAUAGAGUGGGUGCCACCAUAUUUAAGUGUCCCCAUAUUAGAUUUGGUGGAUGUCAUUUUCCAGCUCCAGGAUGGUGGGUGGAUCAGGCGGAAGGCUUUUUGGGUGGCCAAACAAAUUCUACAACUUGGUAUGGGUGAUGCUUUUGAUGAUUGGCUGAUAGAAAAGAUCCAGCUGCUGUGCAAGGGCUCAGUUGUUGCUUCUGGAAUCAAGCGGAUUGAGCAGAUACUUUGGCCUGAUGGAAUAUUCAUAACCAAACAUCCAAGGAAACAACGUCCACCAUCAGUCAGUAGCCCAUCCCAGGCUUCACCUCAUGGUCCACAGUGUCCUGAAAUAUCUUCACCUAGAUUGAGUGAUGAGCAGCAACAACUGGAAGCAAAACGUCGUGCAAAAUUCGUUUAUGAGCUGAUGAUUGACAAUGCACCUGGUGCUAUUGUGGGCCUUGUUGGUCGCAAGGAGUAUGAACAAUGCGCUAAAGAUCUCUAUUUCUUUGUUCAGUCUAGUGUUUGUUUGAAGCUGCUGGCAUAUGACCUUGUUGAGCUCUUGCUGUUGUCUGCAUUUCCGGAGAUGGAUUUUGUAUUCAAGCAGUUGCAGGAAGAAAAGCAUAAGUUCGGUGAAUUUAAAGCAAACUAGUCACAUUUCAGAUAUGAGUUGAAUUAUAAAGAUCAAACGGAUAAAGUCUGGCCUGGUACUUUCCCUCUCUGGUACAAUGUUUAGAUUCACGUCUGCUGUUGGCCUUUGAUUCAUUGCAUCUAUAGAAGAUAUACUUAAUUCAUAUUCCACAGUGUCAACAUCAUCCAUUUGAGUUUGGUCAAAAAUAUAUAAUGGAAAGCUUGUCUUCCACCCAAUGUUAACUCUACUGUUAGUUCUUUUUCCUUAUCUGUUCUCUUUUUUUUUUUUUUUAAAUAUAAGGCUUAUCUUUCCCCUUUUAAACAU